CAGCCACGGCAUAAAAAUGAAAGUAAACAGUCGACUAAUCACGGCGAACGAAAUGAGGAAAAACAAUGCCUUGAUUUUGCAGCCAGUUUGACGUGUUUGAUGGGAAAAUGUUUUUUGAUGUGUAAAUGGUAUAAUAUGUAGCAAGCUCGAACAAAAUUCAAACCAAAUUCAAGGAGUUAGCCCCCAACGCACUCAGACAGAGACAGAGACAGAGACACACAGAGAGUGACAGAGAGAGCGCGUGAGGGGGAAAUAGAAAUAGAGAGAGAGAGAGAGAGUGGUAUAGACAUCUUAUCAAGAUCCAUUCAGAUAUCCAUUCAGUUAUGGAACGACUCUCGUUCUCAGCACUAACCAUGGCCAUACUGCUGCACUCGGUCAUGGGCAUCUCGUAUUACUUUCUGCUGGCCCGCUGCUCCCCGGCGCCCCUACUCGGCAGCUGGCUGUUCGUGGCGAGCAUUGGGGCCGUACUGCAGGUGGUGCGCAUAUUUCCGCACUGGUGCCGCAACUGUUCGUCUCUGUGCCGCCUCACCCUCGAGAUGGGCAUCUGCCUGCUGACGCUGGACCUGAUGCUGACCAAGCUGUGGUGUCGCAUCGAAGCGCUCUGCCACUGUGCAAUCAUCGGCAUACUGCAGCAGCUAGUCACCGAGGAGUACACCUUCGAGAGCUGCGAGUACUGGCUGCUGGGCAUCACCACCAGCAUCAUCGGUGCCUGCCUGCUCUGGCUCACGUUGUGGGCCACCGCGCUGCCUGCCCGACUGCGCCUGGACUACAUCAACUGGCAGACGAACGUCUCACGUUCCGUCAAAAGCAAUAUUUGCCACUUGGCCUUCGGCCCAUCGAGCAUGCGACGCAGCACGGCGAUUCAGUGCCAAGACAGCAUGCAGAGCUUUGCCAGCUGAGCUGGGCGUAUCGCUUCUGUUCUGGCAAUAGACAUGCAAAUAAGUGUGCCCAGAGUUGGCUAACCGCACACCCGGAUUGCAAAACCAAAAUUUUACUAGA